AUGAAGGAAAAAAAACCCAAAUUGGAGUUCCUUCGUAACUGUAUCAUCCUUAUCAUUUUAAUAUGCACAUUGAAUUACCCUGAUGAGGACAUCACCGUUGGCAAGCCCUAUGGCCAGGGAAACCAAUCAUGCAGUCCAUUAUACACACGAACCAGCAGAUUGCUCAGAAGAAAUACAGAGCAAGAUAUGAACGCCAAGUGUGUAUGCCGCAGAGAAAGCACAAGGCAAUUAGUAAACGAAGAUGAUGCCAAUUUUGAAAGAAAAUUAAUUUCCCUAUUACGUGACCAAAAAAUUGACGAUAAGUUUAGCACUUCCAUGAAAAGUAAUGCUGUGCCGAUUUACACAGAUCCAAUGCAACAUAAAAACGAUUACAACAAGGCUUCAUAUUCAUUGAAGUAUCACAAUGAUUAUGAUAACAGCGUAGGAGAUUAUGAUAUCCAUGAUUUUUAUGAUGACAAAGACCAGGACAAUAAUUAUAGGGACAGUGAAGAAACACUUUAUGAUAAUGAUAUGUCUGAUAACUUCGACUCAAAUAAUGACAACGAAUACCAUUAUGCUUGUGAUAGAACAUGUGGUGCAUUAAAAAACACUGAUUCUUACAGCAAAAAACGGCACCUAUCAAAAUAUGAGAACACGCAUGGCAAACACUUAUAUAAAUCAGGAGAUCCAUAUGAAGGGUUAAACCCUAAACACAGUAGAAAAGGUUUUCUUUCUUCACUUUCUAAAUUCUUAAAAACCUCAGACGCAUUGUACGAAGACGAAUUAAUGAGAUUGAUGACAUAUGAUUCUGCAAAUGAUCCGUACAACAAAAUAUUAUGGGGAGAACGGAAAUUGUGUCUUCAUAUUCUUUCUCCAAUUCUGCCAUCCGCCUUGUUUAUUCUUGCAUUUAUUAUACUGUACAGUCCACUAGGUAUUGUUCUGUCAUCUGUUGUAUAUCUUAUAACUUUGUUUUACGUGUUGCAUAAAACGGGAAACUCUGAAAGAAAAUGGGGUCAUAGUGAUCACCACUGUUUGAAAAAAAAUGUAUAUCUCAGAGAUAGCAGAUGUUUAGCAGAAAAAGAUAGACAUGAUGACCUACCACCUGAGAGGGAUAACUUUGAAAAUUUAGAGGACUAUUAUGCUAUAUUAGGGGUAAACCGCAAUGCUACAAACGUUGAAUUAAAAAAGGCGUACAGAGCCUUAACCUUGAAAUGGCACCCAGAUAGACAUGUAGAUCCAGAGUAUAAAAAAAUUGCAGAACAAAAAUUCAAGAUUGUGCUUGAAGCAUAUGAAGUUCUAUCAGAUGAAGAUAAAAGGAAAAUUUAUGAUCUCUAUGGUAGAGAAGCGUUAAAGCAAAACUUAACAAUUUACCAAAAUAACGAUGAAGAAGGUGUAGACCAACGUCCUGCAUAUUCAUUCUACAAAACCAACAUAAAUACCUCUGAAAUGUUCAAUAAAUUUAUAGAUCCAGUUAAGAACUUCUCGAUGAAAUCAGCCUUCAAUGAAGGAAUUCAACAAGUUUCAGGUUUUAUUAAUAACAUGAAAUCUAGGAUUAACUUCCCUUCGACCCCAGGAGCAAGCACUAGUACGGAUAACACACCUAUGUCAUACGAAAUGCCUCUUUUUGUAACAUUAGAAGACUUAUAUCGUGGACGCCAAAAAAGACUGAAGGUUACGAGAAAAAGAUAUAAUGGACACUGUUUAUAUGACGAUCAAAAAUUGCUAAUUAUAGAUAUGAAACCAGGAUUACUUGACGGAACCCAAAUUGUAUUCUAUGGAGAAGGGGAUCAGCUAUCCCCUUGGCUACAACCGGGAAAUUUAAUUUUCAAAGUUAAAACGAAAGAACAUAAUAUAUAUGUGAGAGAGGGCAAUAAUCUCAUUUUUAAGUGUGUAAUAACCUUAGAAGAAGCGUUAAAUGGCUUAAAAUUUAAGCUCGUAACAUUAGAUAAUAGAGAGUUAAUCAUACAAAUAGAUGAUAUGGUUGCUCCGAAUUCCAGAAGAACAAUUCCCAACGAAGGAAUGCCUAUUUUAAAUAAUCCAUCACAAAGGGGGGAUCUAAUAAUUGAAUUUGUAGUUGUUUUCCCCAGAAAUAUAAACAACGAAGAAAAGGUUGCCAUGAAAGAUAUUUUAUGUAAUAAAAGGUGA